CAUCUUCUGUGUUCCCCACCUCCCAGGUACCUGUAACCAUGAGGUCCCUGCAGCUGCUCAGAAUCUCCUUCCUGUGCGGCCUGCUGUGGGUCUGUUGUGCCCCAAGGGCCAGGGCUGAGGAGCCCGGGGCCAGCGCCCCUCCUGGCAGCGUGGGCCUCGAUAAGAACACGGUGCACGACCACGAGCAUAUUAUGGAACAUCUAGAAGGCGUCAUCAACAAACCAGAGGCGGAGAUGUCCCCACAAGAACUGCAGCUCCAUUAUUUCAAAAUGCAUGAUUAUGACGGCAAUAAUUUGCUUGACGGCCUAGAACUCUCCACAGCCAUCACUCAUGUCCAUAAGGAGGACGGGAAUGAACAGGCACCACCAAUGAGUGAAGCUGAACUGAUUAACUUAAUAGAUGGUGUUUUAAGAGACGAUGACAAGAACAAUGAUGGAUACAUCGACUAUGCUGAGUUUGCAAAGUCCCUGCAGUAGACAUUAUUUGGCCAUGUCCUAGGUAUAUGCAAAUGUGACCUGUUAUAAUGUGACUGAAUGCUUUCGGUAAUGCAAAAUAACUCAUUUCUAACUACUGCUAUAGUCUUUUGAUUAAAACCUAUAGCAGUUUGUUACACUGGGGUGAGAAAAGGAAAUGAAGAGAAAUAGAAGAGAAACGGGACAUAUUGUAGUCUCCAAGUGCUGUUGAAUCUCUUACUGGAUGAGGGCCUGAUUAAACAGUCCUUUUGAGAAUACUAGAUAAUUGGAGCUGCGUGCUCAGGAAUCACACUGUAGAACACUGCUGGUCUUUUGGUUUUAAUCCACACUGUCAGAAAAGUAAGAUAAGCUUUGCCAAGUGAACACACUUUUCAGUAACAGUGAAGGAAUGGAAUGAAUACCAGAUGUUUUCCCUGGUGGAUCCUACCUCUUCAGGUAAGUGGGGUCAGUAUUCUAGAAAGUUCCCCUGGGCUAAAUAAGCACUUGCUCUGGGCAAGUGAGUAUUAGGCUAUUUCAAAGCCACAGCAUAAGAAGAAUCUCACAUAUUAAGUCUAGCUAAUCACAGAGUAUAAGAAUAUUCGCUUACCUUCUGGGGCUUGGAAAUGAUACACCACUGAAAACCUUUAAAGGUUUUCAAUAUUUUAUAAAACUACUACCAUAUCUUAUACUUUAUUUCAUUGAUUUCUUCAAUCUAGGGGAGACCUUGAAUUUAAAGGUGUUCUUUAUUCUAAUCACUAGCAAAUGUUUUAGAUUUCUUAAUAUUUGUAUUUAACUCUUGUUUUUAGGGUUUCAUU